GCUGCAGAGCUGAACGUGUGUCCACACUGAACAUACACAAUGACAGGCAGGAUUAUUCUGUUUCUCUUGUUCCUGGAGUUUCCUCUUUACAAGACAGAGGAGCAUGAUGUCAAUGAGCUGUACACCCUGAUAGAAAAGGGUCAGACCAGCUUUGUGGAUCAAUCUCCGAUCAACCAGACCCGGAUGUUGGUCAAAGAGCCUUCCCUGCCCAUCAAUGAGCUUCUCGAGAAGAGCAGCAAAACCAGCGAGUCCAAGUUCAACCUCCAUCCUCUUCCCUCUGCUGUCUGGCCAAAGCACACUGACCUCGCUCCCAUCCCUCGCCACCACGGCCCCCACAACAAGAGCAAAAAAGGCCCAAAGAGCGACCGUCUGGUGGAGCACAACAGUGAGAAAACCAGAGGAGAAGUUGCAGGUCUGCUUCCCAAAACCUUGCUGACAGGAGCUACAGCUGCUGCCAUCAACCCCACUGUGCAGAAACCCACCCAGGACUCCCAGUCCAACCUCAGCCCUCCUCAGCAGAGCGAAACAGAGGGAAACCCCAACACCAGGCCCAGGGGUCCACCUCACACACCACCCCAGGUUCAACCGCACCAACCGGCGCCUUCUCCGCGCAGAGAUCCCCCCAAUAGACGGCUGGACCAAGAGGAGAACCGGCCAGGGAAGUCCAGCCUCUACCAGUCCGGUGUCGGUGCAGCAUCCCGGAACAACAGCCGCCCGCCUGUCGUCUUUAACCGGCGCUCCUCCAGCCUGCUUUACCAGUUCGACAUCCUGAGGCGAGAGUCUGACUUCACACAUGAUGCCUUCUGCAUGAGUGAGUGCAGGAAGGAGAAGGACGAGAGAGAGUAUUACUGCUACAGUGAGUUUGCUGUGAAUGGGAUAGUUCAUGACAUCGAUGUCUUGCGUAAAGGAGUACGCCUCGUUACACUGAUGGUGAGCAGUGACGGCUUCUACAAAACGAAUCGUCUUUAUGUGACACCAGACAGCUUCUUCUUCAAAGUCCGCCUUCUGGUCCUGGACACUUACAAGUGCAGCAAGCCCUGCCCUGACAUCAAGCUAGGUACCAGAUACAUCAUAAUGGGUCAGAUCUACCACCGGAGGCGCCAUCUUCCCAGUGACCUCCUGAACUUACUGGGCGGUAAACUGAAGCCAGGAGACGGCCUCCUGCGAAGCAACAACUACAUCAAGAGAUUCAACAAACGGAGGCACCAGAAAGCCCUGGAAGCCACCCGCUCCAGGUGUAGGUGAACCAACGAUAGGACUAUCACCCCCUGCUGCAGGGGAAGAGACAAUGCAGCUUACCUGAACUGAUCAUAACCAACCCCUCAGUAUUGUGCAAGACAGAAGAAGACAUUUUGUGGAAGGCUUGGAUUUAUCUUCAUAGGGAAUUGUUCAUCUUUUUAAUGCUCUGUUACUUUCCUGAAGUACUGACACUUUGAUAGAAACAACUCCACUCAUACUCCUCAUUCUUUCAUGGCUGGUUCAUGAAGUCCCUGACUACAAAACACUUUAAAAUUGGUGGACAUUUAAAGGGAAAUUUGGCUCAUUAGUGGAACAUUAAGCUGAAUCAGUUUAUCAAAAAAAAUCAUUAUAUUCCAUCUUUGUGUAUUAGCAGUAUCAUUGGGGUGUUUCUGUUUUACACGUGUUUAACGAGUCAAUAUUUGUGCUAGGAGAUACAUAGAUCCAGCCUCUUUAUUCUCUUUAUAGCACAUACAUCUAACAAUUAAAAACCAAGAAAGCUUAUACAUGAUCCUGAAGAGAAAAAUAUUUUGCAUAGAAAACAGAAUGCCUUUCCAAAAUAAUUGCAGUUGCUUAUAACAUUUUAGGAUAUGUGUGAACCUUAAAUCAAAUCUUACAAAAACAACAUUUGAAUCAUGUUGGAUUAUUGGAAAUGUGGUAUUGCACCGAAUAGUAUUGUUUUAUAUCAUUCAAUCCCUUGCAUGUUGUCACUGUGGUUGUUAUUGUUAAGCAGGAAAUGCACUAUUAUUAUUCUUAGGACCAAAGGGAGGGGAUGAAGGGCCUGAAAAAGCAGCGACAAACCCCAGAGGAGGAGGAGGAGGAGGAGGAGGGAGGCUAAAGGGAGAGAGAACAGGACCUUUGCUUGUCAUGAGAGCGGCUUAUUUUUCUUACUUUAAUUAUGUGUCCACAAUGAAAUAUCUGCCUGAGUAGCCUGGGACAUCAAACAGGGCCUUGCUGAAUGAGGAGGGGUGUUUGGUUGUAGGGACUAAGCCAUAAAUCUAAUCGCAGGAAUCUGAUCCUCUCCGCACCUGGACACAUGACUUGGAAAAGUGCCUCCGUCACAGCUCCUCUUUGGGUUGGUUUUUGUUUUCUUGCUUACACACAAACACAAUCUCCUCUGGGAGGGCCAAACCUCAAUAAGGGGGUAUUUAAAGAAUUUGGGAAGAAUCAGAUAAAGAGAGAGACGAGGGGGGAAGGUAGAGGAGAAAAAGAUGGUUAUGUAAAAUGACAAAGUGAAAGGAUGUUGACUUUCUGAAGGGAUAGCUUCUUAUUUAGUCAGAAAACCCUGGCUUGAUUGUAGUACGUCAUGAAAGGGAAAACUUGCACUGAAAGCUUAUAUGGCUUUAUUAUACAUAAACCCAAUAAAAAUGUGUGUUUGUUUUGUAAUCAA